AUGAAUGUCGAUCUCCAACGCCUUGGUGCCUGCUUGAACAAGAACUCCCUAAAGACCUGGUUCGAAUCUGUAAAGUGGGAAAAGCCCGAAAUUCUCACCUUUGAUGUUGACGUGCAGGCUGAAACAGAACUGGACAUCCAUGAUAGAGUCAUCACUGAGGAGUACCGAGUGACUGGAACUCAAACAUAUUCCAAAGACUUUGAGGAUACCCUGCAAGUUCAGAAAAUAAAUGCAGGACUCAAAGAAAUGCCUCCAAAAAAAAGAAAGCAAUGGAAUGCAGAAGCGAUGAAGAGGGCAGUAGAAGCAGUUAAGAACAAGGAAUUGGGAACUCUCAAGGCGUCUAAAGCAUUUGGCGUGCCCAAAAGCACACUGAUUGAUUAUGUAAUAAGUAAGAAACCGGUUACAUUACUUGCUAUCAAAUUAGGCAGAAAACCUACUUUAACAAAUGAACUUGAAGAAGCACUAGUUGAGUAUGCUCUCGAAAUGGAAAGAAGGUAUUUUGGUCUCCGAGCGUCAGAUGUAAGAAGACUAGCCUUUCAGCUGGCGAUACGUAAUGGGCUUAAGCAUCCUUUUUCUUGCCGAAGUGCCGCUGCUGGAAAAAAAUGGUUGAAAUCGUUCAUGUCAAGACACCCAAAAUUGUCUUUGCGAAAACCACAGGGAAUUUCUGCAGCCCGUGUUGAGGGUUUUACAAAAGAGAAUGUUCAAGCAUUUUUCAACCUCCUUGGUAGCGUUUUGCCAAAAGUUGGCUUUAAUCCAGCAGCAAUCUAUAAUGUUGAUGAGACUAGUAUUACAGUACAACACAAACAUGCCAAAGUGAUAAGUUUGAAAGGAAAAAGGCAAGUUGCAGCUUUAACUGCUUCGGAACGGGGUGCUUUAGUAACUAUUGUAACGUGUAUGAACGCUGUCGGUCGUUACAUACCACCAAUGUUGGUGUUUCCCCGCAAAAAUAUGAAGCCUGAGCUUCUAAAUGGAGCUCCCCCUGGGUCCGUUGCCAGAUUUCAUCCAUCGGGAUGGAUUCAGCAAGACAUUUUUACAGACUGGCUGAGGCACUUUAUUUUACAUGUAAAACCUAGCGAAUCCGAACAAGUUGUCUUGAUAUUAGAUGGACACUAUUCUCAUUCAAGGAAUAUUGAUGUUAUCAACAUUGCCAGAGAUAAUUUCGUCCAUAUUAUCUGCCUACCUCCCCAUUCUACAAAUAAGUUACAACCACUCGAUGUCUCCUUUAUGUCACCUUUCAAAACUUAUUAUCCUGCUGAAAUUGAAACAUGGCUUAGAGCAAAUCCAGGGAGAGUUGUAACUUCCUAUCAAAUAUCGGAACUAAUGGGAAGAGCCUAUUUAAGAGCAGCGAGUUGUGAAAUUGCAGUGAAUGGUUUUAGAAAAUGUGGAAUAUUUCCAUUCCAACCGACAAUUUUCCGAGAUGACGAAUUUGCCAUCCAUUCUUCAAAUGAAAGACAAUCAGUCGAAGGAGAUAAUGACGGAAAUCAGAUUGCUGUGGAUCCUGCUGUUGCUGAAAACUUAAGAAAAGAAAGAGAAACUACACCACCCAUUUCGACACCUAAGCUCGUUGUACCUCAGGAUAUUUGUCCUAUACCUAGCCUAAAGACAAAACAUCAGUCUCCAAAGCCAGGUUGUUCGGGUGAAGCUUCUAAAAAAGGAGGUAAACGUGGUUCAACAGCUAUCCUCACUUCUACGCCUUAUAAUACAGAUUUAGAAGAGAGCUUGAAAAAAAGAAAAAAGAUCACACCGAAAAAAGUUAGCCUGAAUCAAAAUAAAUCAAAACUAAAAAACGAGAAGGAAAAAGUUAACAAUAAAAAAUCGAUCCCAAAAGGAAAAAAGGAAGAAAGAGGAAGAUAA